AUGUGCAGGACUAACAGCAUAGCGGCAACUGCAAUUUGUACUUCCGCGGAGUCGCACGGUAGCCAGAGUAUAAGCCAACCGCCUUACUCUCCAACUUUGACUGUAAAUACUUCUCACCCAACGGGAAUUGAUAACGGAGUCAUGCUAUCUUCACUAUAUGAUGCUGAAAUGCAUAUCACACAAUUCGAUAAAGCAUCCCAAAUGGUCUACUCCUCGAGGAGUUUGUCCUCUGGGCAAUGGUUUGGUUCCGCGCUGCCUCCAACUAGCCACCUGGCUUCUUUAUGCAUUGCAGUGUCGGCCUUUGAAGGCCUUUUAUGCCCCGAACUGUGCCCAGAUGAUAAAUGCUUGAGUACUAAACCUAUUUCGUUCUACAUCCUCUAG